AUGACUGGGACCGGCGUGGGGACUCAGUGCCUCCCUGCUCUGCCAGGGACCCAAGGGGGGAGAUUCUGGGGAGAAAGGAAGCACCCCGGCCCCGCAGCUUCGGAGCAGGCGGGGGAGGGGGCGGCCGGCUCCCGCGCGGCUUGGGGUCCCUCGGGCAGCCUAGGGGCGCCUGGUCUCUCACCCCAGCCCCGCCCACCUGCAGGGGACCGCGGUAGCGAGGGUGGAUUCGAGGAGGGGGAGGCGAGAGGGGCCACCAUCGUCCCGGGUGGCGCGCGGCCCCGCGACUCCCUCCUUACCUGCCCUCGGCUGCCGCGGCUCUUCACCAUCUACCUCGCGCCCUCACCGAGACCCGCGGGCAGCCAACCUGCAAAACGGAGGCGCACAGGUGAUUGGAAAUGUAGCCUGAUGAAGAUUGAUCACCUUUCUACUGCCCUCCCCGAGUAUGUGAACGCGAGGCGAGUGCGUAACGGGGCCCGGCCGCCAAUAGGGGGCCUAGAGCGGACUGAGCAGCGCUGGAGUCGCAGGCGCAGAGGGGGCCCCGGGUCCCAAGGCUCGCCCGGGGGCCCCCACCCUCCCCUCGCCCGGGCCGCGCUCCGGAGGAGUGGCGUCAAGCUGCUGGAUAACCGGUUCCUGCUCGCGCGCGCGCGCCGCCGGGCUCUGCCGCAGCUCUGUGGGCGCCAGGCUUCCCGGGCCGCGGAUUCGGGGCGUGCUGGCCCCUGGCACUCCUCGCUGCGCCCUGGGCCCCAGUGCCUCCUCCUCCGUUCCCCACAACCUGCGGCCACCGCGGGCGGCUCGUGCGGGCGCGGGCUGCUGAGCCGGAGCCGGGGAUGGGGGUGCAGCUCUCGGCGCUCAGGGCGCCCCGGGGCGCCCUGGGAUUCUGGCGCCCAGAAAGAGCACCGGCUGGGGAGACGCCGCCACUUCCCAGCUGCUCAGCGUCUCCAGGGGCUCCCAGGCAGUCCCCACCAAAGUCUCUCCACGUCUGCACCUACAAAGGACAGUCCGGUGGGAAAUGUGGCCACACACUCCGAUCCCCCUCACUUCAUUUUCUACACAUUCCUGGAGGAGCCUCCUCGAAACAAUUUCCCCGGAUUGUUCGUACUGGCGGACCCCAGGUUCCAGCCGAAUAAACUUGCCGAGAUCGUCUACCUGUGUGUACUUUCCAAAGCGAGAGGAAAGAAUAUUUUCGGCCCAACCCCGAACAAGGCGGGUGAAAAGUUUGAACCACAGUGUGUGCGUGGGUGAGUUCGGCAGCCGCUGGGAGCAAGGUAGAGCGGAGCACGGGGACGCCCAGGCCGCGCGGUCCGCUGCAGUCGCGGACCGGGCGCGGGGCGACCAGGAGGAAGGGGGGAGCCCGCUGAGUGAAAAGGGGCUGCGACUGCCGCUCAUCAAAGUGCUUCUCCCCUCCCCCACGCGACACUUUUCUUUGGAGUCCGAAU